AUGCUUGGUGCAACGGGGUUCGAUGCGAAUGAUGGCUUGUGGCCUUUGGCGUAUGCUGUUGUUUCUUCUGAGAAUGAUGAUGAUUGGCAUUGGUUCUUGAGCAAGGUGAAAGAGAUUCUAGAUGGUCGCAUUGUGACAAUCUUAACCGACACGCAUCCGAGCCUAAUAAGCUGUAUUAGAGAUAUUUUUGGCUCCCAGUACCACUCAUGGCGUCUUCGUUACCUAACGGCGAAUUUUUCUACAUCCAUUCUUGGGAGACAAAGUUUAGGAUUGAGGGCUUCGGGUAAAGAGCAUGCAAAAAAAUUACUCGAUAAAAUUGCAUAUGUUCGAACUGUAGAUGAGUAUGAGAAUGCAUUGGCUACCAUGCGGGUAUUUCGAGGGGAGUUGUGCGAUUGGGUUUUGGCGAAUUCACUUGAACAUUGGUCAAAUGCUUUGUUUACUUCCAAGCGUUGGGAUAAAUUAUACACCAAUCAAGCAGAGUCCUUCAAUGCAUGGGUGAAAGAAGAGAGGGUUUUUUCAAUCACAAGGCUGAUGGAUACACACAUACAAAGACUCAACAAAUUUUUAAACCAAAAGAGUUUGGAUGUUCAGAAGUGGACUAUCCCGGUUGGGGAUCGUAUUGAGGAGAAAAUCCAAAAAGAGCAAGAGUUAGCACUUGGUUUUCAGUCGAUGCGUGUUUCGCCUACUGAGUGUACAAUAUAUGAUCGAGACAGAAAACCAUUCAGGGUGGUAUUUGGCAGUGAAAAUUCUUGUAGUUGUUUAAAGUGGACCAUAAGUGGGAUUCCUUGUUCGCAUGCAUGUUAUGCCAUCCAUGAAUUAUCUUUAAAUAAUUAUGAGAUGGUUGAUCCAUGGUUUAGGGUUGAAACACAACAAAAACUAUGCAAACAUCUCAUGUCUUCUGUCCCCAUGCAUGAUAUGCCGAAUCCAGCUGCUGUUACUGCUGCUGCUGCUGCUGACGGUGAAGGUGCUUCCCAUCUUAGGCCUCCUGCGGUAACACGUCCCCCUGGACGACCUCGUAUUAAAUGA